UCAGGCCUCCCGCGGUUCUCCAUUGCCCGUUUCUCUGGACUCUCCGCCGCCACUGUGCCGCGCCUAGGACUCGGAUCCUGCCGGGAAAAUGUCAGAUGAAUUUUCGUUGGCAGAUGCGCUACCUGAACAGUCCUCUGCCAAACCGCCUGCUGUGACCAAUACAAAAGCUGGCCAUUCUUCUCAAGGGUGGCCAGGCUCCAGCCCGUGGAGUAGUCCAAGUGCUCCGCCUGCGAUGCCAUCUGGACUCCCGCCGAGUAGUGCAGCACCCUCUACUGUGCCUUUUGGACCAGUACCAACAGGAAUGUAUCCCUCAAUGCCUCCAACUGGACCACCCCCAGGACCCCCUGGACCCUUUCCUCCUUCUGGACCAUCAUGUCCCCCACCUGGUGUUCCUUAUCCAGCCCCUGCUGUGCCAGGCCCUGGCCCCACAGGGCCAUAUGCUACACCAAAUAUGCCUAUGCCAGAGCUACCUAGGCCAUAUGGUGCACCCACAGAUCCAGCUGCAGCUGGUACUUUAGGUCCAUGGGGAUCCAUCUCUUCUGGACCUUGGGCACCAGGAAUUCCGGGGCAGCAUCCUACUAUGCCACCGUAUCGAUCUCCAGGGCCAUAUCCCACUGUUCCUCCUCCAGUGUCCGGAGCACCACCUGUUCCAUGGGGCACUGUACCACCAGGAGCCUGGGGACCACCAGCGCCAUAUCCUGGCCCUGCAGGAUCAUACCCCACGCCAGGACCCCAUCCUACUCUGAAUAAUCCUUACCAAGUGCCUUCAGGACCUGCUGGUGCUCCGCCAAUGCCUGGUGGCCCCCACAAAGUGAAUGAAGUCCCAGGUGGCUCCCUUUCUGAUGAAUCUGACCAGGAGAGCUCCCCAGAGUCCACUGGACAGAUGAAGCUUCUGAAGGUAGAUGACAAUCCGAUCAGGAAAAGACGUCCCAAGAGGAAGAGUAAGCCAAUAACUUGGGGAGACAUCAAGAAUUUAACUUAUCAAGCCGAGACCUUGGGGAAACAACAAGGAUACAAUACUAAUGACCCAAAAAUGAUGCUGUUGUGUUUAAUAACUAUAUUACAUGUUAAUUCUCAGCAUGACCAUUCAGAUCCCAAUUGA